GAGCCGUUCUCGGUGGAUCUGCAUAUUCUGUGCAAGGAGUUUAGCUCGUUCUGCGAGCAACAUGCGGCGCUGCAUGAAGUGAAGCGUGCGGUGAUGGCGCUGGCACCGAUGAAAGCGGUGCACGUUGGUUUGGAAUGCGACGAUGACGAACAUCAGGUCAAUUGCGAGGAUGAAGGACCUUGCGUUCCAGUAGCCAAGGCAACUCCCUAAGGUUCCUUGGCUGCGCAUUUUGAAAAUUUUAUUUUGUAUUUAGUUAUGUUGAGUUGCUGGGUGAUUCGUUCGUUUGUUUGUUUGUUACAAAGGGAAUAAAAGGGAAACUUUUGGAAUUGUGUCACUCCAUAUUUCUUUUAUAGCUAUGACGAAACCCCUUGCUGUACGUUCUUUGGACGGCUUACUCAUUGAGUAGACUGCUGCCAACUUGGUAAAGGUCUGUUUAGGUAUCAGUAUCCUUGCCAUCCCCAACGUAACCUUUAACGGAGGUUACCUGCCUAUGGCCGUUUUAACUCUUCUCAUUUCCAUUUGGAAUGCUUUUGCCACCCAAAGGGUGGUAGAUGUAAUUCCCUAUCUGUCAAAGCCCGUAACGGAUUCCGAUGAUCCGUUAAUGCUCAUGAUGGAAGAAGCUAUGGGCACUUUUGGUGUGAUCCUUCUCGAUUUCUGCUAUCUAAUUACCUUAGUUGGAGGAGGUCUAUUUGUUAAUGUACAGAUCGUAUUUAGCGACCUUUUAUCUGGACUUCCUUGGGAGGAUUGGGGUUUCAAAAUUGCAAGCAGCAAGUUCUUCUGGGGAGCGGUCUAUUUUAUCGUCGUGAUUCCGCUCUCUCUGCUCCGUGACCUUAGUUCCAUGUCCUUUAUGUCGAUUGGAGGCCUCGUCGCCCUCCUCUCCUCCAUUAUUAUCUACGUCGUUUACGGAGGCCUCCAUUUCAAGAUCAACUUCGAGACCUCCUUCCUCUGGCCGAAGAGCCUCAGCGAGUUCGCCAACAUGUUCGGUGUGUGCUGCCUGUGCUUCGCGGUGCCCUUCUACGGCACCUCCUCGCAGCGGUCGAUGGACGACAAGUCGAAAUUCGGCGGCGUUCUCUACGGCUCGCUGCUCUUCUCCGGCUUCUUCUACAUCCUCGUGGGCGUGGGCUGCUCGCUGCUGUACAACCGCGCGCCCGGCGGCAUCGCGGAGAUCUUCAUCGAGAACAUCGACCACAAGAGCUGGUUCUACUUCAUCGCAGCCGGCCUGCUCUCGCUGAACUCGCUGUUCUCCUACCCCAUCAUCGCGUACCCGCCCGUGCUCUGCCUGGAGACGCUGCUGCACGACGACACCAACGAGGAUAAGUUGUUCGUGAAGUCGUGGAAGAAGUGGCUGGUGCGCAUCGGCAUGUUGCUGGUCGUGGUGAUCUUCGCAACCUGCUUCUCGGCGUUCAAGAGUAUCAUCAGCUUCGUGGGCGGGUUCGCAGUGACAUUUGGGUGCUUCGCACUGCCGUCCUUUUUGCACUGGAAGCUGAUUCCGGACCUGUCGACCACGCAGAAGGUGGUGGAUUGGGUGCUGGUGGUGCUGGGACUCAUCCUGAUGGUGGUCAUCACGCUCUUGAAUAUCUUCCAUUUCUAAUGUGGUUC